AUGAGGAGGGAAUGCUCAAUUACAAACGUGUUCCUCACGCGUGUGUCGACAAAGCUCACACUGUACCCGACAACACCAUACAAAUCUACAUUUGCACUUCUCCGUGACGUCGCGUACUCGAGUUUGAUAACCUCGGCCACAGCAGAGAAGUCGACAGCCGUCAAGUCCGAGAGAUGUACGAUUGCAUAUUCGACCUCGGGUACCAGGAAUACCAAGUCUAAAAAUACACGUUGCAUCCGUGAACGUACAGCUCGUCUACCAGCUUCGCUGUCGUGUUUUCUCAUCAGCUGUCCUGCCAGUCCUUUAGGUCCACUUAGUUCUCCUUCUUUUAUUGGAAUCUCGGCACCAUCCGACCACUCCCUUGACAAUUUUUCACCAAAAUGA